GAACGGCAACAGCCUUGCCGACUGCCGACGCGGUGAGUUUCCGAUAUCUCUUCCGGAAUAUUGUUGUUGCCAAGAUAUCUUUUAGCCUCCCGUACGACACGAUUCUGAGGAUGGACAUCGACUCUAUGAAGGUCGCCGAUUUGAAGAGGGAAUUGAAGGCGAGAAAUCUCCCUUGUACGGGAACGAAGGCCGAGCUCGCUGAGAGAUUACGGAGUUCUCUUGUAGGAAGCGAUGAUACAUUCGGGGAUGAAGCUCUUCCCGAAGAAGGGCUUUCCGACACAGACGAAGGUCUCCUCAACGAAGAUGAUCUCCUCAAAGAUGUCAGCCAGGCGAAAUCGCCUGAAAAGAAAAUAACUCCCGCGGCAGCUCCCGCAGCCAAGGCAGCACCGCCACCGGUGACGGUUGUUAAAACAGCUGCGGUUCUUCAGAAAGAGGGUGUUCUCCUCCCAAUGGAGGACAAUUUGUUCUCUGACCCGGUCCCUCCGCCAGAGACUGCCUCCGCAAGCUCGAAUGACCCCAGUAAACUCAAAGCUAGGGCCGCUCGAUUCGGCUUGCCAGAAGCGAAAUUAGAAGAGCGCGCUAAGAAAUUCGGGGCUGUGAAAAUCGGAGACGCUCCCGAAGUCGAUAAGCAGAAACUCUUGGACCGCGCCAAACGAUUCGGGAUUCCUGUCGGAGAAGACGGCAAACAAGCGAAAGAAACGCCGGUUCCUAAAGCGAGUGCAAUAAAACCGUCGCCCGUGGCGAAAAGCGCGGAAGAUCUCGAGAAACUUCGCAAGCGUGCCGAAAGAUUUGGCGAGAACGUUUCUCAAGCGGUAACAAAGGCCAACGCUCAGGAAAUUCUAGAGAAACGCAAAGAGAAAUUCCAAGCCGCGAAACUUGAGCGCGCCGCGAAGCCAUCGGUCGAAGAACCCAGCACCGAAGCGACCGCUCCCAAGAAAAGGAAGCCCAUUGUUUUCUGAUUCCCGUCAGGAAGUCAAGGAUCUUAGUGAGCUUCCGGAAUCUGAACUGAACCCAAAUGUUUCCUCCGCCCUAUCCAUGUAUGCGACCGCCGGGGGCAAAUAUACACACAGUCAGGAAUCUGAGGUGACACCGAAUGCGGGAGAACAGGUUCCAACCAUUAAGAAUGAAAGAACAUAAAAAUAAUAUGAUACGUUACACCUGGAAGCCUGAGAGUCUCCGGAGUAAUACUCGGUGAUCAUUGUCCCCUCCUGAGCCGAAUCGAGUCCUCCCGAUCCAUCGACUCGCAGGCUGACUGAUUUGUACACACAAGACGAGAGCACCGUUACUUUGUAAAAUAAGUCGAUGAUAUAGCAGCAGAUCGCGCUUUACGAAAUGGAAGCUGAGAAAUAAAGUUUGCUUUCAUGU